ACCAAUCAGAGUGCGAGUCGUGGGCCUCACUUUCUUUACAGUCAUACUAGAAUGCCGCGUCAAAGAGGAAACCCCUAGAAACAGGCAGUAGUGUAUAGCGCUCCACUGUUUCUCUCGCGCUGGCAUUCAGGAUCACUUCAUCACACAGCGGGCCUAAGCACAGCCAUGGCCACAACCCAGUCAAUGUUAGCAGUAGCUGUAUGUGUCCUGAUGAUCGCUGAGAUGAUCUUGGCCCAGGAAGAUUACUAUGAAAUCCUGGGUGUUCCCAAAGAUGCCUCAGAGCGCCAGAUCAAGAAGGCCUUUCACAAACUGGCCAUGAAGUAUCAUCCAGACAAGAACAAAAGCCCAGACGCAGAGUCAAAGUUCAGGGAGAUUGCUGAGGCAUAUGAAACACUGUCUGACAGUAAGAGGAGGCAGGAGUAUGAUCAGAUGAGGAGUAACCCUUUCUCCAGAGAGGGCACACAAGGAAGCCGAGGUGCUCGGUUCCAUCAGCCGUUCAGCUUCAGUUUCGAGGACAUGUUCAGAGACUUUGAUAUUUUCGGGCAGCCGACACACUCCCAGCAUGAUAAAAGACAUUUCGAGAGCCACUUUCAAGCUCACGAAAAGGCGCACAGAAGCAGCUUCGAGGAUUCUUUCGGCGGCGACAUGUUCAAUAUGUUUUCAGACUUUUUCUCAUUCGACGGCCACUCGGAGUUUCAUGGUUCCACCAACCAUCAGCGUUGCCACACAGUCACUCAGCGCAGAGGAAACACGGUGACAACAUACACAAAGUGCUCCUGAUUUUUUCUGCACUAAGAUGAGCUACUUUCGUUAAUUUAUCUUCUUGCUGAUGCUUACUGUUGUAACUGAAUCUGGUUCUGUGACAUGACCAGUUGGUGUGGAGUAAUGCUUCCGACUUGACACUUUAAACGAAGGGCUUAAAUUCAGGGUUUUAUCAGAAAUGCUUUUUUUCCCAAUGUAAAUAUCCAGGCUAGCUAGGUUAAGAUGCUUCACACACAUGGCAGAUAUACAAGCAAAAAUAUAGCCAUUGUAAAAGCAAAGGGCAAUUCCAGCUUACCGUAGCUAACAAGUCUCAGUGAUCAACUGAAUCAAUUUGCAUGUGUUGUUGAUUUAAUCUCAACGCAGACUCAACCAACUACACAUUUUCUGCAAAUUCUACAAAAUAUGAUAUGAGAGACAAUUGAAUAAGCACAAAGAGAUCUUAAAAUAUUUCCUGUCCUGGCGUUAAGGGUGUGAUGUUUUUAUUUGCCAUGUUUAUGAACACCAUUUUCUGAAUAAUUCACAGUGAGUGAAUGAGGUUCUGUUACCACUGACAUAACCUCAGAGCUGAUGAGUGAGACUUCAUGGCCCUUCAGUUUAACCUUUUUGUUGCAUCUUGCACAAUACGUAAAAACAAUGCUCGAUUGUCAGUUCAUGUGUCUUCCAUGUAUAUGACGUCCUCGCACUUUACUUUUGCUCGAAGGCACAUCAGCAGGCGACAGAGGAAGAGCACUUAAAUCUUAAAUUAAAAACCUUAUUAUUAUCCCAUAUACUCCUGAACUUGGGGGAACUCCCCUGUUAUGUGCAAUAAUUCCAUACGUCUUCUGUUCUGAUCAGGGAUCCUGUCAGGUAGCAUGCGAAAACACAGCCUUAUUCCGUCCCUCAGGGUUAACAGCCUUUUUCAUCUAAUUAUUUAUUUUCAUAAACACUGCAUUUGCAUGUGGUUGGAACAUCAGGAUCAUUGUCUCUGUUUUCGAAAACAGAGAAACAAACAGGUCAUCUGUUACACAGUUGCAUUUCGGUGGUUUGCCAAAGGAAACCUUUUGGUUUAAUACAAUUGAGUGUGAAGUGUUUCAAUUGUUACCUGGUGUCAUGACCUUGGCGUACAGGAUGACGUGGAAUACUAUAUUUUGUGCUUGCUUUUUGGUUCUUUUCUUUACAGAGUAUACCAAAAGACUCGAUGAUUGUACACAAAUGCCUUUAAUACCUCUGUGGAUUGUUUUGGGUGUGUUGAUAUGCUUGAAAAAAUUUUUUGUGUGUCCAUAAAAUGUGCUGUUUAAAAAUCUUUUCU